ACAACCACCACCAUUCUAGCCAUCCCCUUGUCAAACGCACAGUGUGUAUGUGUUGAGAGGAAAAGGAAGGAAAAGUUUGUUCGGGUGCCACCGGGAACCUGUUCGGGACUGACUGUUCGGGCAAACCUCACCUCAGUCAUUGUUCUAACGCGGUAGCUGGAACAUACCUUCCCAGAGAGCGCGGUGUGAGACUGUUAGAUUCGCGGCCCGCUUCACCAUGAUCGUGUACGCGUUGUUAAUUGCGUUGUGCGUUCUCGUGCUGCGCUUUGUCGCUUUCCGCUACAAGUUGUACCGUACCGUUGGCCACUUGCCCGGCCCACCGGUAAACUUUCUCUUGGGCAACACGCUGGAGCUGGUGCGUUACGAUACGCAAGUGUUUUUCGAAAAACUGAUGGAAUAUUUCCAACGCUAUGGAACGAUCGUGCGGCUCGAUAUGCUCAACAAAGUUUGGAUCAUAUUUUCCUCGCCGCACGAUAUCGAGCAAAUCAUCUCAUCCAAUGAGUUCAACCGCAAAUCGAUGGACUACGACAUCCUCCAGGAAUGGCUCGGCAACGGCAUCCUGCUCGACUACGGCAACACUUGGUUCUCGAAUCGCCGCGCACUGACCGGUGCGUUCCAUUUCAAGAUUCUCGACACCUACGUGCCGGUGUUUGAGGAGCAGGCGGACGUGCUGGUGCGCAAGCUGCUCGAUGCCGGGGGCGCUACGGUUGACAUCUUUGCCAUGGUGAAGCUCUACACGCUUGACGUCAUCCUCGAGACGUCGAUGGGCGUACGGUGCCGGGCGCAGCUGGAAGACUCCGACUACGUACGUGCCGUUACGGACCUUACGCACAUAACGUUCUGGCGGAUGUACAACGCGAUGGGCUUCUCCGACUGGACCUUCCGGCUGACGAAGCACUACCAAACCUACCGGAAGUCGUUACAGAUCAAUCGAGAGUUUACUACGUCGGUCAUCAAGCAGCGUCGUGCGGAGCUGCUAGCAGCGGGCACAUCGGAUACUACCAGGCCGGAAAAGGGGCGCCUUUCACUGCUGGACAUACUGUUGCGCUCGGAUAUUACCGGCCGUACGUUUAGCGACGAGGAAGUCUACAGCCAGGUGAACAACUUCAUGUUUGCGGGCCACGACACCACAUCCAGUGCCAUCACCUUCAUCCUGUACGCGUGUGCCAAGCAUCCCGACGUGCAGCAGCGCGUGUACGAGGAAAUCGUCGCCGAACUGCCGGACGGCGAACCGGUCACCCAGCAGCGCGUUAACAACCUGAAGUACCUGGAGCAGGUGAUCAAGGAGUCGCUGCGAAUGUUCCCCCCGGUGCCGUACUAUUCGCGGCACAUCGAUCACGACACUACGCAGGGUGGCGUUCGGCUCGAGAAGGGUUCGACGAUCGUGUUCGGGACGUACAUGCUGCACCACAAUCCGGAGUACUUCCCCGAACCGGACCAGUUCCGGCCCGAGCGGUUCGCAGACGGUGAAACGAAACGGAACCCCUUCGCGUACAUUCCCUUCAGUGCCGGCAGCCGGAAUUGUAUCGGACAAAAGUUUGCAUUGAACGAGCUGAAGACGGCACUGGUUAAGGUACUGCGCCAGUGCAAGGUCGAGCUGCCGGAUCCGGAUUUUGUGCCAAAAAUGAAGAUGGAACUGGUACUGAAGCCGGUCAACGGGAUGCAGCUACGAUUUUUGGAACGCAAAACCAUCCAGCAGUAAAGCUUUACUAGCUAAGCCCUUCUCUACUAAACGAACUUUUAUUAACGUAUUCACCGGUGGCAGGUUAUUGUGAUAGUUUCAUUGACAGACGUAUCUUACGUAUCAAUCUUACAGAAAAUCACUGAUUCAUGUUAGCUUUAAAUAACCUUUUAACGAUCUCCACUGCACUACAAUUAUAGUUCUAGGAGUCCUGUCUCUCACAAGACUUCUACCACCUCAAAUGGAACAUUCUACUAAUUUUAACACACACUACACCCAACAAAAAAACAAUAAAACAAUCUACCAAACACA